UAUGCCAGAGGGUUGCUGUAAUAUGCCAAAUCGCGCAUUCAGGAUUAGAGAAAACCUCACAAGACAACAGAGGAAAACACGCCAUUUACAGGGGAAAAAAGAGGUAAAACAAACAGAGAAACGAGUGUAUGCAACAUGGUUUUACUCAAAGCGUCGCAUUAGCCAAAUGGCCGUCCGCAGAGUACAGGAAUAUGUUGCACUGAAUAUGGUGACCGAGCUCAACCGCCAGGCGAGAGCUCAAGAUCGAUCCAUUAUUAUACUGCCUGUCAGUGGAGCUACUCUGGUCCAAAUUGAGGAAACCCACAACGUUAGAGAGGACCUGUGUCACGAGGACUUUGGUGUUCACCAACCGUGGCAUUCGUCCGCUCAAACCUUCUCGUUGAGAAAGGACCGGUUGAAACCACAGCCGUCACGAUGAGCCUAAAUUCCUCCACAGGCGCCCCAAAUGAUGAACCUUGCUUCACGAGCACCGAUCUGCCACAGAAAACGCCUACAGGUCGUUGGCAGCAACUCCCGAAGAAGUUUAGCUGUCAAUUUCCUGAGGUUCUUCCGUGACACAGGCAGAUGCUGUG